AUGGAUGUCGUCUCAAGUGAUGCCCCACGUCCCUCGUAUUGGAGUGAUUCGAGCGAAAGCAGCACUGCAUUAUGGAGUCAAGAAGACUCAAGAUCCUCUGAUAGCAAGAGCAGCAUCACUGGUUCCAAUGUCAAAUUCUCCGUCACAUGGCAGCGAGGCAAACUGAUGUCAGUUGUUAAGCACAUGGUGGACGCAGCCAUGGCUGAAUGUGGAGACUUGGCGACGGAGCAAGAUCAGGUUACGUUGACCUUGCAGUUAAAGGUUGAGACUGCCUAA